AAAAGAAAUUAGGUGGAUAUAGUUUUGUGUUUUCAAUUUGUGAUAUCGAGGAAAUGGAAUCGCAUAUAUUUAAUUAGAGUUGAUUACUAACGAAAGACAAAUGGCAUUGGAAGGUAUGUAUAUAGAAAACGGAAAUGCCCCUUUUGCAACAGAUAAAUAUUCUCUUCAAUACGCCAUUGGUACUCAUCCAAUAUAUCAGAGAUUGAUGAAAAGAAGGAAGGACGAGGAUGGUCAAACAUUUAAUGAAGUAUCAAACGAUUUUGAAAUAUCUGAUUCAACAGAAAUAAUAAAUAGUCACGAGGGAGAUCACUACCAAGCUCCGCUAGAAUAUCAAAUUGGAGAUAUUCCAGAUAUUAUUGUAACAGAUUACAGUGAAUCAGUUGAACUAGCAGAAGUCCCAUCCGUUGAAGUAGAGGAAGAAUCAUCAUCAAUCGAUUCGUCGAAAAUCCACACUGACAACGAUUUUACCAAGAAUAUGCAGUUAAACAGCAAACUGCAUAUUAACCAGAACGAUACAAAUCGUUUGACACCAAACAAGGAAUUAAGGGAAACAAUAAAGGAUAUCAGAAUUUCUAUCAGCGAAGAUAGGGAUACUGAAACAAACGAACCUCGAAGGAGAUUUACUGUCUUACAAAAUCAAAUUCGUAAAGAAAUUACUUCUUCAGUAAAAAUAUUAAGGACAUUAUUUGAAAGCAAAAAAAGCAUGGCUUCAUGUGAUCCAAAACUCAACAAUGGAGAAAAAAGAAAGGGUACUACUUCAAAGGAUGACAAAAUACAAACUAAAUACAAUACAAUCCAUACCAUACCAGAAGAAAUUGAAAAUAAUCACAAAGUUGAAUCACUUAAAACUGAUGACAAACAUGAAACAGUGGAAGCAUCUGAACAAAAACAAGAGCUUACUACUGAACAACAUGUUUUCCAGAAUACAAUGGAAAGUGAACUAAAUAUGCAGAAUCAUACAGAUAACAUAAAAGAUGUGAAAAUAGUGAAUCAACAAGAGAAAUUAUCUGACGUGAUUAAUCAAUCGCAAGGUGAAAGUAAUAUUAAUGAUAAGGAACUAGAUCAGUCUGAGGAAUUACAAUUAACUGAAAAUUAUCUAUGUUUAAAUUAUCUCUUUAAUAUCGCAGAAGAGGCAAUUGAAAAAGAAAAGGAUAUCAUUGAAGAAGACUACACAAUUAUUGAAGAAGAAGAUGGCACAAUCGAAGAAGAAUACAUAAUUAAAGAACAAGACACAAUUAAAGAACAGAACAUGAUAAAAGAACAAGAGAGUAUUAAAGAAAAAGAAAUAAUUGAAGAACAAGAUAAAAUUGAAGAAAAAGACAACCGCAAAUUGCCUCUAAUAGUUUAUGAAAAAGUAAAUAAACUUAAAGCAUCUAAUCUGAAUCAAGUUAUGAAUCAAGAAAUGAUUGAAAGCAAAUUAACCAAACCGAAAUGUAUUGACAAUACACAAAAUUUUCUUAAAAACAAUGAGCAUGAAAAUAUACUUGAAAAUAUUCAUCAAAAAUCAACUAAAAAUGAACUCAUUAAGGCCAAUGAAAAUGACAGCAUUGAAAAUAAUUUAGGCAAAGAUAAUGAUUCGAAUAUAUCAAAUAAAAGUAAACGAAUUAUGUCUAGUGAAAGUGAGUGUGUUCAAGAUAAUUCAUGCAAUGAUAAUAAUCUGCAUACGUCAAAUCAUACACAAGAUGUUAUAGAGCCAGAUCAAAAAGAAGAAACGUUUGAAAAAAAUCUACAAAAAAUUUCCGAGGGAGUUUUUGAGAUAAAUCAUUACAAUGACUAUGAAAUAAAUUGCAAAUUAAGAGAAAAUAAUCAAUAUGUGACUGAUCCAAAUUCGAAUAAAAAAAUUAACCAACCUGCAUUGAAUGAAGAUGUUCAACCUCUCAAAGAGCAAAAUAAGUACGACGAUCUUGCUAGACAACUUCAACAAUUAUUAAAAAGUGAAUCAAUGACGAAAAAUCACGGUGAUUACACAGAAGAACUAACAGAAGAGGAUAGAAUUCAAAAUCUAUUCCAAGAGGUCUUCCUAAAAUGGGAUGAAAUAGAAUUUAGACUUCUGAAUAAUAUCGGCAGCACGGAUCAUAUUUAUGAGGAAAAAAUGUUUCAGGAAAUGUACGAAAAAUUGAGUGAAGAUAAAUCUGAGAUGCAGGAUACUAUGUCAGACCGAUGUACGCGCACCGAUCCUUCAAAAAAAUCUAAAUUUCAAACUCCGCACGAGUUGAGUUUGAAACGUUAUAAAAGUGAGGCUCAGUUAUAUGAUCAUCACGAUUUGGUUUUACCUAAACGAAAAGACAACACUCUGAUUUCGAAAAUUUACUUACAACUUGGAAUGGUAGAUAAAAAAAAUAGUAAUGCCAAAUCUCGCUGGGAUGAUAAUAAAAAUCGAGGAAACAUAAGAAUGAACAGACCCCCUAUGGACCAUGAACCGAUUAAAAUUCGAAAACAAUAUCAAAGCACAGCAGGAGAAACUAGAAUAUAUUUGGAAAAUAAGCGAAAUAGAAGAAUUUCUUUGGGAAGGUUUCUUACUGUCCAAGAUAUACAUGCAUUAGAGAAGAGAAAAAUUGUUCAAAACAUCCUGUCGAAAUCCCAAUUUCAGGAAAGGAAAAUUUAGUUUAACAAAAAUGGAAAUCCUGGGUAUGUUAGGCUUUUGAAACCAGAUCUUUAAGGACAAUCCAAAAUGAAAAAAUCGGGGAAGAACAAUAUAUUAUAUUAAAAAUUGUUUAAAAAAUAGCUGACUUAUAUUUUUAACCUACAAGUGCUGGAAAUUAUUACACCUC